AUGAAUGAAACACAAAAAGUACAGUAUUUGAUUGUUGAUACAAGUGCUUUCAUCCGAAAUGCAGGUUUGCAGAUUAUAGUUACAGACUUUGCUAAAAGAACUGGCGAUUAUACCAGUUUAUCAGCCACUGAUAUAAAAGUAAUUGCUUUAACAUAUCAGUUAGAAAAAGAGAAAGUAGGAACAAAUCAUCUAAGAACUGAACCAACUGUGACACAAACUGUAGAUUACAGUAUUGAGAAAUCUAAGGAGCUUUAUGCACCUUUAGCUGGUUUCUAUAUAUCACAAAAAAAAGUAAAUGAAGAUAUUGAUGAAGAAAGCACAGGGAAAUCAGGACAGCAAAAAUAUUCAGAAGAUAAUAGUAACAAAAAGUUACAAACAAAUUUGGAGAACAAUAUAAAGAAUGUUGACUGCGAAGAGGAGGAAAAGAAUGAAUCUUGCUCCAAUGAUUCUUCUAAUGUUAUUGAAUCUGAUUAUGACACAUCACAUUCUCAUGUAUAUCAGCAUGGAGCAGAAGAUUUGUCUACCAAAUUUUCAGUAUUAACUUGUGAACCAACAGAAUUUAUAGUUGAGGAUAAAAAUAAUAUUGAACAUAAUGUUAAUGAUAUUCUUAUUCCUAUUAAAAAAAACAUUGAUGAUAAAGAAGAUGAAUAUAAUAAGUAUGAGGAUAAUGAAAGUGACAAUGAUGAUGAUGAUGAUGAUGAUGAUGAUAAUGAUGAUAAAGAUAAUGGUUGGAUUACACCAGGAAAUAUUUGUAAUGUAAAGAAAGAACUUGAUUCAGACUUUCUUGAACAAAAACCUGCAACAGUUGCAUGUUUAACAAUGGAUUUUGCUAUGCAAAAUGUGUUAAAACAAAUUGGAUUAAAUGUAGUUGCAUUAGAUGGAAGAUUAAUUAAACAAAUGCGAACGUUUGUUUUAAGAUGUUAUGCAUGUUGCAAAACUACCAGUAUCAUGACAAAAGUUUUCUGCCCAUAUUGUGGCCAUAAAACAUUGAAAAAGGUAGCAGUCACAUUGAAUGAAGAAGGGAAACAACAAAUUCAUAUCAAUUUUCGAAGACAAAUUUCAAAAAAAGGAAAAAGAUUUUCAUUGCCAAUGCCAAAAGGUGGAAAACAUGCAUGUAAUCCUAUUCUUUGUGAAGAUCAACCAAUUCCCGAUCAAAGGCCGUCAAGAUUAGCACGUAUCAAGAAUGAUCCUUUACAAGAUGAUUAUAUAGCUGGUUAUUCUCCCUUCAUCAUGCGCGACGUUUAUUCUAAAUCAGCUAUGUUGGGUAUACGGCCAGGUGGUUCAGUUAAAUAUUGGAUGAGAAAAAAUCCAAAUGAAUCUAGGAAAAGAAGAAAAUAA